CGUUUCAUCUUCUCACAGUAUCCUGCGAUCUUACUCUGACAAGUAGGUUAAACAAUGAUCAACGCGACACUUUUAGAUUUUGCUUUUUCUCUGUCAGGACUGAACGACAUGCCGACGAAGCACAGAGUCAUUCUUUUCUCUCUGACCUUGCUGUGCUACUUUGUGAUUUUCCUCGUAAACGGCGGCCUUAUUUUGAUGAUCGUACUGGAGGAGAAACUCCACGAACCCAUGUACAUCUUCCUGUGCAAUCUGUGCGUCAACAGCCUGUAUGGGACAGUGGCUUUCUACCCCAAAUUCCUGUAUGAUCUGUGGUCCAAAUCUCACGUCAUCUCUUACACAGGUUGCCUGCUGCAGGUCUUCCUAAUAUACACCUAUGCAAUCACUGACUUUUCUAUUCUAGCUCUGAUGGCUUACGACAGAUACGUGGCCAUAUGUCGUCCACUGGAAUAUCACUCUGUCAUGACUAAGAACAGAGUUGUGCUGUUGGUGUGUUUCUCCAGGCUCGUUCCCGUCUUCUGGGAGAGUGUGCACAUAACGAUGACCUCCAAACUCCAGUUAUGUGGCUCUCACAUAGACAAACUCUACUGUGAGAACUGGGCGAUCCUUAAAUUGUCCUGUAGUUCAAUAACAGCGCAUAACAUUGUUGGAUAUAUUAUUACAUUUUUCUACUUUGGGCACGAUGUUUUCAUAGUGUUCUCAUACGUUCAUAUGAUAAAAUCAGCUGUGAAAUCCAGAGAGGACAGGAGAAAGUUCAUGCAGACGUGUGUGCCACAUUUACUGUGCCUGCUCAACGUGUCGGUCGCGAUGCUCUUUGACGUCAUGUACGCGAGAUACGGAUCGGUGUCCGUGCCGCAGGGUGUGAGGAACUUCAUGGCCAUACAGUUUCUCUUGCUUCCACCUCUACUCAACCCCAUUAUUUAUGGCCUCAAACUGACCCAAAUACGCACCAGGUUGUUCAGCUUGUGUUCAAACAAUAAACAGGGAUUAGGCUGAUGUACCUUUGAAACUCAGCAGACCAUUCACACGACAGAGUAAGAGGAAAAACUCAAAGACCAACAUGUGGGCGGGUAUUUUGUGUGUGUAUGUGCUCUACUUUCCUGUGGAGAUUUUCAUAUUCAGUUUCCACUGACCCUGUUUAUAGCGAUAGACAGUAUUUAUCUCACAUCAUUCUGCCAUUUUGGAGGCAGUAUUUUAUUAUUUAUCACGUUUCCAACAUUUGCUCGCCAAUACUACGUUCUACUAAAUGUAGCUGUAAUUUCACAGAGAUCAUAUUUAAACUCAGGGUGGUGGCCAUUUCAAAAUAUUAUAUUUUUCAGUGACCUGUAAAUGGUUAAC